AUGAUCGAAGAGGCACCCAUGCUAGUGGCCUACAACUCGCGGUUGGAGGAAGACACCCAACAGUUUGAGGACCAACGCCAGCAGUGGGACGAACGGCGCAAGCAGUACGGGGAAGAGCAUGGCGCUGAAGUCGCCCGCAUGUUCGACGUCGCGUACGUGCCUCUCGACACGACGCCCGACCCACCCCAGCCCAUGUUUGCCUCACCAGAGGAGGAGCAGGCGUACUUUUCUCAGUUUGUGGAGGAGUGGUCCCCCAACCCUGUAGGCGAGUAUGUCCACUUUCCGUACGUUCCCCCGCACAAGCGCGAGCUGGAGCCGGCAGCCCAGGCCACCCGGGAGAAGAUGGUCAAGGCGAUCACCACCCAGAAGCAGGCCGGGCAGGAAACCGCCGCUACUCAGAAACGGGCCCCGUGCUCGCCAACCCGUCAGCUAUGCAAGACCUCAGGCAAGAAGAAGGCGUCCCCCAAGUCCAAGCCCGCUCCUCCCAAUCCCGCCCGGCCCGGCCUGGCCGCCUCGAAGCUGUCCAUCGACUUCACCCGCAUCGUCUGCACGCUCGUCCUCCUCGAAAAGGGCACCCGCCACCCCUCGCUGGACCAUGUGGCCCUGAACCGCCUGCUAACCCACCUCGCGCCCGUGAUUGACACGUCGCGCGCCCUCCCCCGUCUUUUCGCGCACCAGCUCUACAUAUUCGGCCUCGAGGAGAAGGCGCUCGCUAUCAACCCCAGCAGCCUUGCACUAUUUUACAUGGCUGUCCGGAAGGACACGAUGCGCGAAUUCUUCCGCAUGACCAACCGCCAGGCCAUGAACAUCCUGUGCCCGCCUGCUUAUGGGCCAGGCAACCCCCGGCCGGGAAGUGGAUUCGGCGCUCCUGCUCCGAGCGCGCGCUAG